AGGGCAGACAGCAGAGGAGGCAGGGAGGAGAGAGGGAGACGAACAGAGGGAGGGGGUGGGUUAUUUCUGAGCUCAGGGCCGAGGAUUAGCAGAGAGCAGUCCCAGUACGAUGACAGCAUCCAGCACAUAGCCAAACCCCCCACACACCACAUCAUCACCAUCCGGCCCGGGAGGACACGGUGGAUAUUUUUUGGGGGAGAAACACAACAUUUCCUCUCAGAUUCUCCGCAUCACCGCUUUUUUGGGGAUACCUGUCCCAGACUCCCGGUCCGUCUGUCUCCUCUUUAAACCACGAGGUGGCCACACCAGAUUGGGAUUGGCCCUGAUGAUCACAAGGACCCCCCUCCACCUCUUUUCAGCCAAUCCUGGAGGGGCUGCAGAGCUGAUGUCUCAGAGGGCGAGAGGGUAUUUGUGUUCUGGAGACCUGAAGAGACAAGCUACAUCACGAUAAAUGGAGGAGAAGGAGCGAUGUAGGAGCAGGUCUCCAGCUCGGAGGGCCAGCCGGGUGCAGCAGGUGGUGGGAACCAUUAUACGACGCACCCGAGAGUCACUUAGCAGAGAGCGGUUGCUUGGCGAUGGGAGAUCGCAGCGCUCCAACAGUCUGUCCAAUCAGAACUUCCAGGCCAAGCUGACACUGCAGAUCACCAGGGACCCGGUCCUAGACAGCAGUACUGGACAUGGCUUCACCCUCACCACUGACCCACCCCUGCUGGUCAGGGACAUCGCCACAGGGAGUCCUGCAGAUGGGAUACUGUACCCAGGGGACCAGGUGCUGCAGAUUAAUGAUACAGUACUGGAGGAUUUGAGCACAGAGCAGGUGGAAAACAUCUUAAGGGAGAUGGAGGAUUGUAUCACUGUGACUAUCCUACGGCACAUGACAAAUCCCAAGUCAUCCAUCAUGUCGGCAGAGAAGAGAGCUCGUCUGAGGAAUAAUCCAGUUAAAGUGCGCUUUGCAGAGGAGGUGGUGGUCAAUGGGCACACUCAGGGAAACUCUCUUCUCUUCCUGCCCAAUGUCCUCAAAGUCUAUCUGGAGAACGGACAGACAAAGGCCUUCAAGUUUGACAACACCACCACGGUCAAGGACAUUGUUCUGACUCUGAAGGAUAAACUGUCCAUCCGGGCCAUUGAGUACUUUGCCCUGGUGCUAGAGCAACAAUACAGCAUCACGAAACUGCUGCUGCUGCAUGAAGACGAGCUCAUACAAAAGGUGGUGCAGAAAAAAGACUCCCAUGAUUACAGAUGUCUGUUCAGGGUGUGUUUCAUCCCCAGAGACCCCGUAGACAUGCUGCAGGAUGACCCCUCUGCCUUUGAGUACCUCUUUUUACAGAGUGUUGGGGACGUCCUGCAGGAGCGUUUUGCUGUUGAGAUGAAGUGUAACACUGCUCUGCGCCUCGCUGCCCUGCACAUGCAUGAGAGACUCGACAGUUGUGGACAGACCCGGACGUCUAUCAAGAGUAUUACGAAGGAGUUUGGCCUGGAUAGCUUCAUCUCUCCCACGCUGCUUAGUAACAUGAGGGAGAAGGACCUGAGGAAAGCCAUCAGCUACCACCUCAAAAAGAUCCAGUCCCUUCUAGAGCCGCGCCAGAAGGUAAUAUCUGCUUCCCAGGCUCGGCUGGCCUACCUCACUCAGCUGGGAGAGCUCAUUUCAUAUGGGGGGAGGUCCUACACAGCCACUAUGAUGCUUCAAGACAGGGAAGUAUUAGUCAACCUCCUGGUAGGAGCCAAGUAUGGGAUGAGCCAGGUCAUCAACCACAAGCUCAAUGUGAUCUCUACACUGGUGGAGUUCAGCAGCAUCAGCCGGGUGGAGCUGCUCUCUGAGUCAGAUAAAGUCAGCCUGCUGCGCAUCUCACUGCACGAUAUGAAGCCAUUUGCCUUACUGAUGGACUCUCUGGCAGCCAAAGACUUAGGGUGUCUGCUAGGAGGCUACUGCAGACUCUUGGUGGAUCCCACUGUCAAUGUCUUCCGUCUGGGGCGCCCAAAAGUGAGGGUGCACCGGAUACCUGCUGAAGAAGGUGUGUGUGGGAGGUUCGCCGUUAUAGAGGGCGUGUGCUAUGAAUCCCUAUCAAGUUAUGUGUCUCGCUGCUGUAGCGAUUCAGAUGACUCAUCAGAUGAGGAUGAUCCGAUGGAUUCUCAACGCCAUGACCCAGCAAGUCAGGACUGGGAAGAAAGGAGAAGAGAGGAGGAAGAGAAGAGACGAGAGGAAGAAAGACAAGAGAGAGAGGAGCACAAAGGCAAACAGGAAGUGAAGAUUAUAGUGACAACAGAAGGUACGGAAAAUGAGGGAGAAGAGGAAGGAGCAACAGGAAGUGGUCUGCGCAAAUUUACUGUAAUGGAUGAGGACAUGAAUCUGGAGAACACCUGGUACCACACAGACCCACGGGUCACCAGCAGCUUCUCCAGCUUGUCCAGUGGUUCCCUGAGUGCUGCUCUAGAGGAGAGCAGUGCCUCAGCCAAAGCCCCUUCUCGUCUUCGUGGACCCCACACAGGUGAGGAAGUCCCAGCCUUGGAUGUCCACCAUCCCUACCUCCUGGAGCCAAAACGCCACCAAGGCCCCCUGCGACCCACUAACCUCAACUACCGUGGAAAUGACAACUCCUGCCUUUGCUUUGCUGAACUCUCUAAGGCAGACUUCCUCCCCAGCCCACCUGAGGCUACUAGUGACGAUGAUGAUGAGGAUGAGGAGGAAGAGCAGGGAAUGCCGGUGCUUAGACGUAUUUCUAAGAUCCCUAGCUCUAGAGAUUUGAGACUGAUUGACAGCACGCCCUUUCAGAGAUCGCCCAUUAAAAAAAAGAAAAAGAUACCCCCCAAAGUCCCAGAAAGGACGAGUUCGAUUCCUGGGCACAAAACAGCACAUGCAGAGCAGCGCCUCUCGAAGGAUGAAGAAGGCCUAUUCCUGACACCUUCACCCAACCCCAAGCCAGCACUUUUGGUCAAAGAGAGUGCUUCAGAGUCUGAGGAGGAAUUUUUUGAUGCGCAGGAGAGAUUUACUCCCCCAGUCCCUGAUCUAUCAGAUGCGGAGUUGGCUGACCGGAGAAACGCUAAUCGGUUGAGUGGCAGCUGGAACGGUUUUUCUGCAGCAUCUGGAAAAAUGCCACCCUCUGCUCUCACCAAUAAAACUCCACCUUCUAAAGUCAAAAAGGAAGUGGAGGUGCUUAAAAGUCCAGCAAAUCAGCUUACAAACCAACAGCCCAGUCCACUAAAGCCAUCUCAGAAACCUGAAAUUAAGGUCAAACCUCCACUAGCGCCUAAGCCCCAGUUGCCCCCCAAACCUCAGCACAAUCCUCAAAAGUCACCCCAGCAUGGGCGAUCAUAUGCACACUGUAAUGGUGAUGCCUCUGGACGCCUCUCUUCUGAACUCCUAGAGAUGGAGCCAGACACCAUGGAGUUUAAGUCUGUUACAUCUGGAGCAGGUGGGCUGCCUAUAUCGUCACCUCUGAUCACAGCAGUACGGUGCAGCCAGCAGCCACUAUCCAUUACCACACUUCAACCUGAGGAAACCACAAAACGCAGUCUCACACAGGAGAAUGGACUGCAUGUUAGUUAUAAAGAAAAAACGUACAUUUCUGACUCAAAGGACACAUCUAAAGUUGAAGAAAAAACCAAUGGAAGUGUCUUGCCCACAAAGAAGCCACCAAAUCUACCCUCUAUUCCCCGGUCUAAUUCAGGUACAAAGCUAGCUCCACCUCCAGUACCCCCGAAACCCACCUCUAGCAAUCUGCACCCCUUAUCACUACCUGCUAGCUCUCCUGUGUCCCCCACUGACCCAAACAAAGGGAUUUUUAAGGAUAGUGUUAGUCCGCCAAAUGGGAUCCACCCUUGGAGCACCCGCAAUGGUAGCAUCCAGUCAGGACCUAGGAGGGUUUCUUUAAGCCAUGAGAGCCUGUCACCCAAAAACUCAGAUGCACCCCUCACCCUUACCACCUCUCUCACUUCAACCAACUCCAAGGGUGUUGCAGGCCUUGAUAUUAGAGAACCGGGAAGGUCUGGGUCAGGAUCAGACCUGAGAACCAGCUCCUCUAGUCUGGGAGGCAGACUGCCAGCUUCUGCCUUGAGAGGGAAGAUCCAGGCUCUACCGUGGUACAUGACCCGCUCUCAAGAAAUCCUAGGGACUCUGGAUUAUCCCUCCACCAGCUCAAUCAAUGGAGACACAUCUGGCUUUGGUUCUGGUUUGUCAGUAGCUAGCGGUUUGUCAGACCUAAACAAGACCCCUGUUAAGGAAAAAGACACUGUGGCCUCAAAAUCAGGAGUGAAAGGGAAUAUUUUAGAUGAAGGCGCUGAAGUUGUCAUAGCCACUAUCAAAGAGGCCCAGGAGCUGACCUCACACAUGAAAAAGGCCAAUGGGACAAAUGGGUCACACCCUAAUCUAAAUUUUAAAGAAAACAGUGUUCUCCGUGGCAGUGUCUCUUCAGAGCAGCCUCAGUCACGGCCACACUCAGGUGGGCUCGGGGGUGUUUCCAACAUGCAAAUAGGAGGUGACUCACCAACCUCCUCACUCGCCGACAGCACUCCACCACAGCAGCAUCGAGAGUCCUGUGGCUGCCGCACUGUUUAUGCCAACUGUUUCAGCGGAGACACAGAGGAUGGUGUCAGCUUUGAUGAGGAGCUUACGGUUUAUGAGUUCUCUCGUCGCACGCGGCCAAAACCCAAACCCGUAGCUGUUCCCUCUCCUACAACACCCUCUCCAAACCCCAACAUCCUGUCUCUACUGAGGGACAAUCCUCGCCCUCUGUCUACUUUCUCUACUGCCUCCUCCGACUUCAGCCCCCUUGUUUCAUGUCCAGUCUCCCCCACAACCUCACUUGGUGGUCCACUUCGCUCUCUUACCAAUAAGAAUUACGGUGGGCUGAAGGGAGGUUUUGCUUCCUUACGUCAAGAUAUAGAUCAGCUUCUGUUGGUCUUAGAGAGGGGAUCACUUGACCAACAACAAACACUGAGCCAAGAAACAAAGCAGGGUGACAAAGACACAAAAGUGGAGCCUGACCUAAACCACAAUGGAAGUGAAGGCAGUACCAACACAGCUCUAAGCCCAAACUGUAUCGGGAUGAGUCCUGCUACCAUGACGGAGGCGGAAAGGAGCCUCCUCCAGGCUGAGGCACGACGAUUGGCAUCUGGGUGUCAGCGAGCCACACGGGUGGGCUGGGCUCCUGACGAAGCACUACGUUCAUUGUCCAACAGCUUCAGCGCUUUGGUUCAAUUAUCAGCUGCCUGCCUGCGAACAAACCCCUGCCCUGGCUGUAAUGUCUGCCACAAUGCAAGUAUGGUCCACAGGGAUGAUGAUGACGAUGACAACCAAGAGCCUAUGGACAAGCUAAAGGAGAUAGUGGGUCUGUACCGGGAGUUUGUUGGGGCUGUUGAGACAGCUGGAACUGGUUCUAAAAGUGUGGGACUGACUGCAUCGGGACAGAGCCAAGGGGAGAGUGAUGGCGUAAGGUUACUGGCCAAACAAUGUACUGUACUCAUCUCUUCUGUAUUCGCACUCACCCAGCUUUUCCGGACACGCACACUAGACACUUCAGACACACCUGGCCCCGUACCUCUAAACUUCUGAGCCGAAACCCUUUUCACCCAUCAUAUCCCACUGACUCUCGAGGUAAGACAAGAGGAAACAGCACAGAGUGAUCUGGUGUGUAACCCCUGUGUUCUUGUACAGUAAGUGCCAUGCACACCACAGCACAUGGACAUAAAGCUACACUGCAGACACACACAUAAAAAAUACACACACUGACAACCACUAAAUGAAGAGGAAAUGUCAUUAGUUGACCUCUUCUCAGACGCAUAUGGACUAUGCAUUUGUACAUAUGAAUUUUAUAAUUAUCUUAUAAUUCUCUUAUUUUAUGAUACAAUAUGUGUAUGUAAGGAUGAAUUACCCAUGUAUGUAUUUAUGUAUUUAUUUUUACAAUAUUUGCACCAUGGUCUGUGAUGUGCAGGUCUCUGGUGGGAAAAAACUACGGAUGUCACUGGAAUUUUUAUUUUUCUUUCUCUUUAAGACAGUAUUAUGUUAUCUUUUGCUGCUUUAACAUUUUCUCCACUCUGCAAGGUGUAAUCUGUAAAUUGUCAUUUUUCAAGUAUAAUAUUACAAUACAAUUUACUGACAAAAUAGAGAAAAUAUACUUUAUCACACUUGCAAAAAAACCAACAAUAAUUCACAGAUUUGUUUUAUAUGUGCAGGGAUCACAAUUUUUAAGGAUUUAGUUUUUCAUUGAUACAGUUACAUAUAUAAUGGGAUACAAAAUUAUACCAUUACCAAGCAGGGAGAGCACUUUUGACUGUUACAGAUUGCACCUUUUUAUGAGACACUAUCCUUGUGUAAAGUGUUUUUUCUACCCCUUCCCUGGUCCCGACUGACUUUGAGUGAAUGCUUCUUUAACGUAUUCCCAUAACCCAAAUGUAUGCAGUAUUAUUAACAGUAAUCUAGUUUUCAUCCAAAGGACAUUACAUACAAUAUAUAUUUUCUGGGAAUGUGUGGGUGGGGGUCUAGGAAACAAAACAGGGGGUCAUAUUUAUGUAGUUAAAGGUUUUUGACUAGGCACACAGGCGACUGUUAUAUUCUGUCCAGAUGUAGCAAAGAUCCAAAGUCUUAAAACACUGAGCCACAACUGUUCCCCACAACGGUUUCCUCUUUGUACACACCACUUUAAUAAUAACAUACUGACUGACAGAUGGACUGACUGCUGUAUGCUGGGGUCAGAACUGUAGAUAUACAUAAAAUCUCUGUGUCCUACUCUGUCUCUACCUUAGUUUAUGCCUAUGCAAACAUAAACUCCUCACCCCUCCACAUACUGUACUCUUGUUUUACUGCGCUAACAUUAAAAACAACAAUAGCUGCAUUAUGUUUGUCUGAAUAUAAUGGAUGCUUUCUUUGUUUGGAAUGUUGGCCUUUGUCUUGAUUUAAAAAAAAAAAAUGCAUUAUGGAUUGCAACAUUCUGCAACGUUGCAUGGCAUUAGCAUACAGUAUGUCAAUGUGAAGACUCCUGUCUAUACUGAUGUCUGUGAAUUGUCAGUAAAAGGAUUACAUUGCUCAAUCAGUUUGCUGAUGUACAGUGUUCACUAAUCAGCUCGUUCAUAUCACAAGAUACCAGCUCAUUUGAUGAGCCAUCUGAUCUGGAGGAUUUACUUAAGACACCUACAACAACAGGAAGGCAAUUAAGCCAAAUCAGUCAGCAACUGCUUAUUCAAAUAUGAUAAGGGGAUUAGCUUGAAUUAAGAUGGCUAAGUGUUCAGAGACAGCUGGAGAGGAUCUAGAUGGUGAAAAGGGAAUUGAAUCUUCCAAACAGAUGACUAGGAAAAGUUUUGCCAAGGUGGUUCUCAAAAAAAGAGGUCAGGCAGGUUUGUUGUAUGUGACUUAAGAGCUUCCACUUGUCAUGGAAGUCAUGUCCAGUAGCUGUCUCCAUCUCAACUCUAACAACAAGGCAUAACUCUCAGGAGCAUCUUUAGUUAUGUAGCAGGCCUAAACAGUGAGCAGAGCCUGUGUCACUUCUCUGUUUUUGAUCUGUAUGGUCAAACUGUAACAACAACUGCAUUUCAUAACCAAGACGAUGUUGUAUUUCUACAUAAGCCGUCACUUUUCCAUAUCCACGUACAAUAAAGUCAACGUACCAAGAAAUGUAAUGUUUGGGAAUAAAUUACACAUUGACCUAAA